AUGGCAACUGAACAGAACGCGUGGCCUCCAGGCGUGAGUGGUUCUGUCGUGUUCGACUUUGACGUGGCGAUUUCAGAGAUUCGCAACAAGCUGAGCCCGACCUUUUUGGAGAGAGGGUGGGCUGCAACUCUGUUCAAGGCUGCCAAGGAAUGCAAAAACGAACUGAGCAAGUCGAUAACUAUCGAGAUCUCUACUCUAUAUGUUCAGGUCACUUUUCUUGACAUCCUCUGGGAGCGUCUUUUCGGUGCCGCUAAUGGUUCCUCGCCCUGGAAAAUGAUUCGCCGCAAAAUUAACUACAAAACUCGAUUCGGCGAAGGUGACAAGGUUACGAAAAAGUCCAAUUUCGACGGGCUCAGUAUUGAAGCCGCAGCGGGAGAAGAACGCUUGUUCAAAGCUCUUUGCGGAGGGUUUGACGGUAGACCAAGAAAUAGCAAGACUUCAAUCAGCAAGCCAGAACUGUUUGGUCAUUUUUUCAAUGGAGCAAUCGGCAGCACAGCUCCAGAGAAUGAUGUAUAG